AAUCGAUAAUCAGUCAAGAGAAGAAAACUUUGAGCAUUUGGGAUUCUAGUGAAAGACACCCAGCGGAAAUGAAGAAGGGAAUGACAGCAAAAUCUUCCGGCAAGCGCAAUGGCAAUGACAAAGGAGUGCUCAAUCGUGUUUCUCCCUUGCCUAUCAUGUCAUCGCCUCACCCUUUCCAAACAAAAAACAUGGCUUCUGCUUCCGCUCAUAUCACAGAGGGCUUCAAUGUCAAUCUCUCUCUGCUCCGAACGCCUAAAAUUGAGCCCCGCACUUCACCCGCCAUUUCAAAGCCCGCUCCAAUUAUAAGUAGCAUUUCGGAUCUCAAGGACGUCGCUUCGAAUCGCUUGGAGUCGAUGAAGAGAGAUAUGGAUCACACCUACUCUGCACUUUUAAAGGAAUUAGAGGCUUCUUCAUCCAGGCUCGCUAAGAGACUCAAGCUUCAAACACAGUCUUCCAUGCAGCGCGCAGAAGAAGAAGAUCGAGAGUAUAAAAAACUCUGUGGCCGGCUGAGCGAAGACUUUGAAGAGAUUCAGGCAACCUUCACGGAGCUAAUUGCUGAAGCACAAUCGUCCGGCUCUCGCCUUUGCAAAACUUCAUUUCCGGAGAUACUGAAUUCAGCGGAGAAGAGUUUGGAGGGUCUUCGCUCCCGUUACGCCCAUUAGUUCUAAACUGUAACAAAACAUAUUGAUAUUAAUGCAAUAAAUAACAGUAUUAUCUUCAAACAUUCUGUUGAAAUCGAUAAAAUAACGGAUAACUCUUGUUUAGAUCCUAAAAGGUCUCCCCUGUUCUGCUCAUUUGUGACGAAGCAUCUUUGAAAACUUCCUGGUUAUUUACUUCGCUAGGUUGUAGCUCUCUGCAAUUCACUAAGCAUGUGUCCUUUGAAAAGUUCUUUAUUUUUCGCUCUCACCUUUCCAGGUAUCUUUCAUAUUGUUUUACUGAUUAUCUCUUCUCUUCCUGCAAAUACUUUACCUGAAUCAAUGGACGGUAACUAAUAUUUUUGAUACAGAUAGAAGUUGU